ACCUCGGAAGAAGCUUCAGGAACUACAGGGUUCGUGAGGUGCUUAAGUUCCCUAUCAGAUGAAAGUGAAGACCGUACACUGGACACUUCAGCUAAUGCUCAGUUCUACCAGUGUUGUCUUGUGUGGCAGUACCCCAAUUUGCCAUGGCUGCAACUGUUUCCACGUGACAACCUCAAGUAUAACUCACAAACUGGACUUUUUGGCACAGAUCAGAAAUUAGCGAACUCACUCCGCUCAGAUUGGAGUGAAAGUCUUCGUUCGCUUCACCAGCUUCUAAGAGUACGUCAGUGUCCGUAUUUCUAUGUCUGUGGGCCUACGUUCACAUGUUUAUUCAGGGCAGCAGGAGUAGCAGGGAUUUUACAAGCCCAUGCCUUGAUUACUCCAACAACCAGAGGCUUUCGCGAUGCAAUGAAGGAAGAAGAUAUUGAAUUUGAAAUGCCAUUCCAUUACUCUGGCUCGACAAAAAAUGGGGUCGGCUCAAAUUCUUCAGACGAUGUUAGUGAAGAUUUAGAAGAUAAAUGCACCGAGUUGCAAGAGGAAGAGGAGGAGGAGGAGGAUGAGGAGGCAAGAGAAGAAGCAGCUUCAUGGCUUGAAGAUCUUGGUGUUGAAACCUCGCAAUUUCCAAACUUGAAUCCUAAUCGAGUUAAGGUAGAGAGAGCAAAAUAUAAGAGUGUUGAUAACACACCUUCGUCUCUCGUUUAUGUGGAAGGCAUGGAGACACAAGGCCUCAUCAACUUCCUUUUGAACAGUAAGAGUUGUAUAUCAACCACUGGACCCCUGGCUGGUGUGCCUCCUACUCUGCUGGCUCCAGUGGCCUUCCAGGGUGCCGCACUCAAAACCCUCAAGGUAAAAGGUGGCAUGGUUCGUCAGGAUGGUGAUGUUCAACACAGUAUGGAGAUAUCAGGGCCUAUCCUUCCACACACAGUUCACCGGUUAACAGCUCUUCUCUCUAUGUCCGUGGAUAAAUUUUCUAUAUCACUGAAUCCUGUUCCGUCUACACUUACAUUUUCUGUGCACAGUCAUCACGAAGCUGCUGCAGCUCCUCAGGCGUUUGCUCAAGAGGGACUGGUUGACUGUGGCCUUGACUCAACUAUACGUCAUUUGAUGUGCAUGCCUCAAAGAAGUGAAGCAAAGUCUAACCUUCCUUUAUCAUAUAGGGAAGUAACUUUCAAAGACAAUAAAUUCACUUGGACAGAUACAUUACCAUGAUUUACUGUAUUGAAUGCAUUAGGCUAUUAUUGUAUAUACUGUACAGUAUUAAUACUAUUUACACCAAAAGAUUUCACUUAUUAUUGUAACUCUCCAUUCAGUAAACAAAAAAUUAUUUUUGAGAACAAAUGAUAUAUUUUUUAGUGUUCAUUGCAUGUCUGUAAAUUAAAAUAAAUCUUAUUUAUUUUGAAAUUCUA